UCCGGAAACGUCUACCUCCAUCUUUCUUUUUUGACAGGCCACUCUCGUAGGAAAACACGCGGCCGAAAACUGCGGAAAAAAUAGUCAUGGCUCCCAGGUACGAAAUAGCCGUAGGGCUGAAAAAGGGUCACAAAACCACCAAAAUCGCGUCAGGCAAAACCAAGGCGGACAAAAUGCGUCCCGCGAGGUUGAAGGGGAUCCAAACCCACCACACCAAAUUUGUCAGGGACUUGAUCAGGGAAGUUGUCGGACAUGCUCCAUAUGAAAAGCGAGCAAUGGAAUUGCUUAAGGUGUCAAAAGAUAAGAGGGCUCUGAAAUUCUUGAAGAGGCGUUUGGGUACCCACAUCAGGGCCAAGAGGAAGCGUGAAGAACUUUCCAACAUCCUCACCCAAAUGAGAAAGGCCGCAGCUGCAUCUCAUAAGUAGAUUUAGUAUGCCCUUUUUUAUUUUUUGACUUUAAAUAAAGUAAUUAUUAAGUUCA